AUGGACGACCCCUCCUCCGUGUUGCCGCCACCGUUGAACACGGGGGCAGCAGAGUCAGUUGUCUUUCCACCGUCUGCUGCAGAGCGUGAUCUUGAGGAGCUUAAGAAGCGCGAUAGAGAGCAGCAGAUAACACGCUCCCUGUGGACACAGCGAGUGAGUGGCUUGUGGGGCACGGAACCACCUUACGAGGAGCAGGCGGAGGACCGCUCGGGCUGGAUCUUUGGCGCGCUCUUCUACACAUGGAUUGGCUACUACGUCUACGAGGCGUCACGGGAGCAGCUGACGGAAAGAAGGCUGCCAAAGCCGACACGACAGUACCGCGCCUACAACGCCGGCGUCGCACUGUCCGCGGAGCUGCAGCGUCAGCGGGCGCGCCGCCAUGCGUGGGACGGCUACGUGGGCGCGCGCGUCGGGGUGCUCUGGGAUGACGCCAGCGACGGCGUGCUGCGCUGGGUGGGUGCGGUGCAGCAGUACGGCACGCCGCGGCAGCUGUACGCGGGCGUGGAGUGGCGCGUGGCCCCGUCGCGGCGUCGUGGCGGCUGGGCUGGCCGCUGCAUGCGCCGGCUGCUGUGCCGCCGAGGCCACAGCCCUGUCCCCGAGCACGGCCCGGGGGCGUACCACCGCGGCGAGGUGGAUGGCGAGCACCUCUUCGACCCUGUGGAGGACGACACGGUGCUGACGUGCGAGCGGGUGGAGGAUGUCGUGUUUCGGCUGGGGUUGUCGGCUGAGGCAAGCCAGGGUGCAUCCACGAGAGCGUUGAUGAAGGAGCUACCGGAGUCGGCGCAGCGGUGUCCCCUAGCCAUUCAGGUGUGGUGGAGUGUGUGGACGCUCUUCAGCCAAAGCAUACUGCACAUUGUCGUUCUUGGCGUCCUCCGCAAUGGCUGUCAGUUGAUGACGCCAAUCCUGCUGAAGUGGCUCGUGACGUAUCUCAGCGAUGUAAGCGAGCACAGACAUUCAAGUGAAGCGGAUUCCACGGCCAGCAGCGCUUCCUCAUUUGAUCUGUCUUCUGCGAUGACACACUCGUUCAAGAGUGAAGGUGCACCCGACGUCAGCUGGCAACGCGGAGUAUGGCUCGUGGCGCUCAUGUUCGUUACAAUGAUCUGCGCGACGCUUGCAGGCAACAAGCAGUACCAUGUGCGCCGCCGUUGCUCUCUGCAGGUGCGCAACGCCCUUUCGGCGUCUCUGUUUGAGAAGGUCUUCACCAUGUCUUCAAAGGCGACUCACCACCCCGCGUUCAACGCUGGACGGCUGACGAACUUGAUGAGUACGGACGUGGAGGUGGUGGGCCGAUUCACCAUGAUGUUUUGGACGCUGGUCUCCACACCGUUCAUGCUGGUCAUAGUCUUCUACCAGCUCUAUGUGUUGCUAGGCGCGAGCGUGUGCGCCGGUGGGGUGGUGGCGUUUGUGUUGAUGCCCCUGCAAACGUGGAGCGUUAAGCGAAUGAGUUCAGACUACCGCCGCAAAGCUCAAGCGACAGACCACCGCGUCAAGGCUACAACUGAGUUUUUCUCCGGCAUCCGUGUCGCCAAGUUUAUGUCGUGGGAGCCGUUCUUCAUCUCCCGCAUCGAGAAGCUGCGCAGAGUGGAGCUCUCGCACCUCAAGAGGCUGCAGAAGGACGUCAUGAUUGUAUUCUUCCAGCUCAACUCUACACCAGGUUUCGUCAUCGCCAGCGUCUUCUUUGCGUUUAGCGUGACCCACCACACGUUGACGCCCACUAUUGUCUUCCCAGCCAUCGCGCUGUUCAACCUGCUCAUGGGCUGCGUCUCCAUGUUACCGUUCGCCCUGCAGCUCAUGACAAAGCUGCUCGUUUCGCUCCAGCGUCUCAAUAUGUUCUUUGAGGCUGAGGAUGAGCUGGUGCCGGCUAUCGAGGACAUCGCCGACCUGACGAGUUGUGCGAAGCCAACAGAUUUCUCAUGUGAAGCAUAUACCCGCGAAGCAACGCAGAAGACAGUGUCGUCCGCUCUGGUCAAUGAUGUUGCAGCCGACUUCGCGCACGCAGACCUCAGCACGUACGUCGCGCAGGAGCUCAAGAAAAUGCAAGGUGCAAAGGAGACAAACAGCGCCAUGUCUGACGCUGCUGAAGGAUCAGCGCUUUCCGAGGCUGAGGUUUCUCUGUCAGAUUCCCAUCACUCAUCCCCAUCCACAGCACCAGCUCGAGUCGAUGCGGCGACGGCACCCUCGAAGGCUGAGAUCAGUCAUGCACGCCACGAAGACGCUGUUUCCUCCCCAGAUUCCCUGCCGCCCUCCACCCAGAAGGACAACGCAGAAAUUACCUUCAACGAGGACUCCAUCUACGUUCUCAAGAGAAAGACGCUGCUGGCGGACGUGGACCUGCGGGUGCCGCGCGGGCGGCUGACGGUGGUGCUGGGGCCGACGGGCAGCGGCAAGUCGACGCUGCUGGACGCGCUGAUCGGCGCGCUGGCGGUGACGCGCGGGCGCGUGGCGUGCUCGCGCAGCGUGGCGUACGUGCCGCAGCAGCCGUGGAUCAUGAGCGCGACGCUGCGCGACAACGUUGUGUUCUUCGGUGCGCCGGACGCGGUGGCCUUUGAGCGCGCGGUGCGCAGCAGCCAGCUGGCGACGGACCUGGCGCUGCUGGCGGACGGCGCGGAGACGGAGAUCGGGGAGAGGGGCAUCAACCUGAGCGGCGGGCAGAGGGCGCGCGUCAGCCUUGCGCGCGCCGUGUACGCGGACCGCGACGUGUACGUGCUGGACGACCCGCUGUCGGCGCUGGACGCGCAGGUGGGCGAGCGCGUGAUGCGCGAGUGCGUGUGCGGCGCGCUGGCCGGCAAGACGCGCGUGCUGGCCACGCACCAGGUCAGCGCCGCCGCCUACGCGGACCUGGUGGUGCUGCUGGAGGAGGGCCGCGUUGCCUUUCAGGGGAGCUACGCCGCCUAUUGUGACUACGCCCAACCGCAACGACAUGCAGAGGGUGCGGUGGAGGCGGUCGGUGGCGAUGCUGGUGGUGCCGUCGAGGCUGAAUCACCUCCGGCGAGGUCCACGGUGAAGAAGCUGAGUACGUUGAUCUGUGAGGCACCUCCGGCUGCAGACAGUACGCCGACAGCGGUCUCGGAGGCGGAGAGACGCGCCACAGAGGGCACGGGAAAACUUCUGACGGAGGAGGAACGCUUCAAGGGGGCGGUGGAGUGGGCCGUGUACGUGCGUUACAUGAAGGCGUGCGGUGGCGUCGGCGUGUGCAUGAGUGUCAUGGCCGUCUAUCUUGUUACAGAGGUUGUCAUGGUGUCGCCCUCCCUAUGGCUGGCGCUGUGGUCCACCAAGUGGCUUCCGCUGUCGGCAACGCAGUAUAGCCUCAUCUACAGCGGUCUCUCUUUAGCCAGCGCGCUGACCACGCCGUUGCGGUACUGGCUUUCCAUGACGGUGAUGCGUCGAGCCAGUCGCGAGGUGCACCGGGGGCUACUCCACUCCGUUUCCUGCGCCACGCUGCAGUUUUUUGACACGACGCCGCUCGGCCGCAUUGUCAACCGUUUCACAAACGACAUUGGCAAUAUCGACAGCGAUCUGCAGAGCAGCUAUAGCUACCUCCUCUCCACUAUCUCUCGGUUCUUCUCAACCGUGGCCACAAUGGUGGCAACGCAGGUGUUCGUGCUUGGUAUCCUUAUACCCUGCAUUGUGGCGUACUACUACCUUCUGAGGUUCUACGCACGCGCGAACCGAGAAAUCAAGCGCCUAGUCAAUCGAGUAAGCUCCCCAAUGCUUUCUGUCCUGCAGGAAGUGAUCGGCGGUCGUUGGACGGUGCAGGCGUACGGUGCUGCGCCGGCGGUUAUUCAGAAGGCUAUUCGUUGUGCCGAUGUCGUCUUCACCUGCUCGUACCUGCAACUCGGGGCGGAGCUGUGGCUUUCCGUGCGUAUCCAGUUGCUGAGCACGACCAUCAUUGUCGCUGUGGCACUCGGUGCCGUGGCUGCCGUGCACGUCUCAUUCCUGCCGUCGCACAUCGGGCUUCUCUCCCUCAGCCUUACCCUGGCCCUCGAGAUCAGCAGCCUCCUGGACGGCAUCGUCACCGUACUCGCCUCCGUGGAGGCGGACAUGAACAGUAUUGAGCGCGUCUUUUAUAUGACAGAUCACAUUGAUCAUGAAGACCUGCAGGGGGCAAUCGAAGCGGAAGUGCAGCGCAUCAGGAAGGCUGAGGACGGCACUUCGCAAGGUUCUCCAGAAACCUCCUCGGAAAACAACGAGUCUGUAGGAUUCGAUAGCUGCAGCUCACCGCUCCUCAUCCGCCAAAGAGGCAAUAACCAGUUCGGAUCGAUUGUGUUCGAGCACGUGGACAUGCGGUACCGGCCGGGGCUGCCGCUGGUGCUGCGCGACGUGUGCUUCGCGGUGGCGCCGGGGCAGAAGGUGGGCGUGGUGGGGCGCACCGGGAGCGGGAAGUCCACGCUGCUGCUGGCCUUCCUGCGGCUGGUGGAGGUGUGCGGCGGCCGCAUGCUGGUGUGCGGGCGCGACGCGCGCGACUACGACGUGCGGGGGCUGCGGCAGCUGUUCUCCAUGAUCCCGCAGGACCCGCUGCUGUUCGACGGGACGGUGCGCAGCAACGUGGACCCGUUUGGCCGCUGCGGCGACGCUGCGGUGUGGCGCGCGCUGCGGCAGGUGGGGAUGGAGGAGCGCGUGCGCGGCGAGGCGGGCGGGCUGGACGGGCGCGUGCAGGAGGGCGGCGCGAACUACAGCGUGGGCCAGCGCCAGCUGCUGUGCCUGGCGCGCGCGCUGCUGAAGCGCGGCAGCGCCUUCCUGCUCAUGGACGAGGCGACCGCCAACGUCGACCCCGCGCUCGACCGCCAGAUCCAGCGCACCGUGCAGCACACGUUCCGCGACUACACCGUCGUCACCAUUGCGCACCGCCUGCACACCGUGGCCGCCUGCGACGCCAUCCUCGUCAUGGACCAGGGCCGCGUUCUCGAGUUUGGCUCGCCGCGCGAGCUGGUGGAGCGCGAGGGGUCUGCGUUCAGUGCGUUGGUGAUGUCUCUCGGCAAUGAUGGCAAGCAGCUGUUUAUGAAGUUGAUGACGGCUUCGUUGACAGAGUAG